AAAACCGUAGGGAUAGGAAAGGAACAACGGAACAAGACUGGGAAAGGAGUAUGGCUGACGAGCGAGCGUGUUUGGUGCCGAUGGUCUGGUCAAAACAGCGUCGCUGAAAACCUUCCGCGUCCGAGCUUCCAGCCCGAGUGCAUGAGCGCAUUGUCCGAGUCGUGUCUCAACUGUCCGCAGCCAUGAACGGACUCAGUUUCAGCGAGUUAUGCUGCCUGUUUUGCUGCCCGCCUUGCCCUUCGAGAAUUGCGGCCAAACUGGCCUUCCUGCCACCGGAGCCCACCUACAAAUUCCAGCAGGCGGACGACACUGGCUCGAAACUGGCGCUGACGCUGACGGAGCGGGCAGAGUGGCAGUAUUCAGAGCGCGAGAAGGAGAACGUGGAAGGCUUCUACAGCCGCACGUCGCGGGGCAACCGUGUGGCCUGCGUGUUUGUGCGGUGCUCAGCAAAUGCGCGCUUCACCAUCCUCUUCUCGCACGGCAAUGCAGUCGACCUCGGUCAGAUGAGCAGCUUCUACCUGGGACUCGGCUCUCGCAUCAACUGUAACAUCUUCAGCUACGACUACUCAGGCUACGGCGUCAGCACAGGAAAGCCCUCCGAGAAGAACCUGUACGCCGACAUUGACGCUGCUUGGCAAGCCCUCAGGACUAGAUAUGGCAUCUCUCCUGAAAAUAUAAUCCUCUACGGCCAAAGCAUUGGAACGGUGCCCACUGUGGAUUUAGCAUCAAGAUACGAGGUGGCUGCAGUGAUUUUGCACUCGCCCCUCAUGUCUGGCAUGAGAGUGGCUUUCCCAAACACUAAGCGCACUUGGUUUUUUGAUGCCUUCCCAAGUAUCGAUAAGGUGCCUAAAGUGACUUCCCCUGUUCUGGUGAUACAUGGUACAGAAGACGAAGUCAUAGAUUUCUCCCAUGGUCUUGCCAUGUACGAACGCUGUCCCCGAGCAGUUGAGCCCCUCUGGGUUGAGGGUGCCGGCCACAAUGACGUGGAGCUGUACAACCAAUACCUUGAGAGACUGAAGCAGUUUGUGUCAGUGGAGCUGACAAACUGACAGCAGAUCAGUCCCUCAUUGAUGUCCCCGAAUUCCGACAAAGAAGAGGAGCGAGUGAGUACAACAGUGAGUACUGCCAGUUCAGUGACGGAAAAGUUACUCUGAGAACAAUUAAAUGGCUGGCAGACGAAAUUGUUGUUAGUGGGUGUGCAAUGUCACGCAAAGCACCGAAGAAAAGGAAGAGAAUAAAAUGAGGAACCUGCUGUGCGCGCGCGUGGCGACGAAACGAUGCAACAAGUACUAAAUCCUUUUAGACACUCUCGUUACACACAAUCAAUACAUAAUUUUGAGGUGCACCUGUGAGCGAGUAUGUGCCAGCAUGACUGUGAACGUAGGAUUCAUCUGCGGCUCCCCCAGUCAGUGUUUUUGAACCUGAAUCUUUAAUUAUGCGGAUUGAUACACACUGUGUGUUGAUCCACAGCUUUGGCAAGUUCGUCGAGUGGGCUGGAAGCGAAACUUAGAAUUAGGCUUCAUUCUGGAUCAAUGACUUUGAAUUUAUUGAUAUGGUUUUAGGGAACGAUUAGUUUUGAAUUUUGGGCUCAAACAGCAAGCAUUUAGUAGUUCUGAUUGGUAAUAUUAAAUUUUUGGGAUCCAGCAUUAGUUGUUAUAGUUAUUUGAUGUAUAUUUUUUAUUAUUUGUUCGUUGCUUGUACUUUUUGAAGAGAUCAAAAUUACUAGAGCACUGAAUUUUAAUCCCUAAUUCCUAUCACUGUUGAGUUCCACCAGCUCACUGAAAUACGUACUAGUGAAAACAUUUCUUGUGUCGUUAGUGUUUCGGGUAGUUAUAUCUAAUGAUAAUGGGAUUCCAUGGAAAGUAAGAAAGGCAGUGACUUCCAGCCGCCUCUGCAGAAUGUCUUGAAUCGAUUGCAUCUUUCAUAUCUUUUGAGGCAUGGAACAGAUUUGUUACCGCAACUACGCAACCGGAAAUUCGUUACAGCAUUUUGGGAAGUUUCUUCUCCCUUGCUUGGGGUUGCUCAAUUGUUUGCUGAAAAGUGCCUUGCAUCAAUUCUAAAAGGCAAGGUAAAAAUUACCUCACUCAGAGCAAAGAUUUCUGUUAAUUACUGACAGUGCUGACGAAAAAGACCUGAACGUAUGUUAUCUGCAUAAAAUCCACUGUGUUGCGUUGCGACUGGGUUGAAGCUGAGUAAUAAUUUAUUCUGAUCCAGUGGACUUGAAUGCAAACCCUUCCAAAUUUGGCGAUCAAGUGAUUUGUAUGUGAGUUAACUUUUCCAAGUUUGCGUAAAUGCUGAACUGGUGAGAGUGCAAUGAAAUCAUUAAUAUUCUAUUCUUAUUUCAACUGUACGAUAAAUUAUUCUAGCAGAGUCUAUAUAUGUGUGCAUUUUGAAGGGGGCCCUCGACUAUUCGCAUGAUUUUCUCCAGACAAUACUCAAGACACAGUAAUUUUCUGAGAAUGUUUCUGGUUGGUUCCUUAGUAAUUUUCUCCGCUAUAAGAUCAAAUUUGUGAGGUAAACCCUUAAAAAUGACGUUGUUUUUCCUUUGAAAUCUGUUCUGAAAGCCACGUUUUUUUGUCAGAAUUGGUACUUACUUUAAAUGCUAUCCUCCGUGUUUAUUUAUAAGUACUGGAGGCACUACUUUUUGCAGUGCUGCUAAACAGUUGCAGAUCUCUGUUGAUUAAUGCUACAAUGCAAAGAAACUUCAAUGUAUGAUCGCAAAAACCAAAAUGGACAAUUUAUGCGUUGCAGGUAGUCCGAUUAAAAGGUUGAAUUACCCCAAAGUUUUAUGAUAUAUAUUAUGAUGUUUCAUGCAUUGAAAUUUCUUGAUUGUAACUGUUUUAUAAAAAUUUGAAUAUUUUUUCACUUCCAAGCAUUACAAUAUAAUAUGUCAUGAGGAUUUUAUAUCAAUAAAUUAAAGGUCACGCUGAAAGAUGCCGACUUUCUGAAUUA